GUUUUAAAGCUUCUGAUAUAAGUGCAUCUCUAUAUAAAAUUCGUGAUGAUAGUGUUAAACCAAGACAUUUCCUUGGCGCAGACAAUGCAGAUGAAAUAGAAGCCAUACUAUCAGAUCGUGAGGGUCAUUCCUUAUAUGAAAUCAUUGAUGGUGAUGAACCACUCCAUCCUAUCAUAGAUUUCGAUUUGCCAAUAGAAACACUAAAUGCUAUUUCACCUAAGCUAUCAGACAAACAGGCUAAAAACAUACUUUGCAAUGCUUUUAGAGAU